UUCUUUGCAGAAAAAAAAAGAUCGAGAUCGACAUUUCAUUCUCCAUUCUUCAUUAUUACAGACAGAUCUCAUAAUUACUUAAUUAACAUUAUAUAUAUAUACUAUUACUAUAUUGCAUACUCCAUAAUAUUUAUAUUUAUAUUGACAGUGAAUAAAUCAAUAUGUAUCCUCACUUUCAAUUCCAGUUUCAAUUGCAUUUGCACCUGCUAUCGCUAUUGCUAUUCAUCCCGUCUCUGUUCUUAUCAUCAUCCUCAUCACUUGUUUCCGCCGAACAGCACCAGCUCCAACCACCACAACUACAACCUCAACAACCUCAACAAGAGCAACACCAACAGGUCCAGCACCAACGAACCCUCUACGCAUCGCACUACAGCGGCUAUGUCUACUCUCUUAGCCUAA